AUGUUGGACGACCUAUUCAUUGUCGACCAACAUGCCGCCGAUGAGAAAUUCAAUUUUGAAGAUCUGCAAUCUACGACGAAGAUUCAAUCGCAAAAACUUCUGAGGCCACGGCCGCUGGAGCUCACAGCCUCCGAUGAGAUGCUCGCUUUGGAUAACAUCGAGGUCCUUCGACAGAAUGGGUUCGAGGUCGAUGUGGAAGAGGAUAACCCCAUGGGUCAAGUCAGUCGUUUGAAGCUGGUAGCCCAACCAGUCAGUAAGAGCACAGUAUUUGAUAUGAAAGACUUGGAAGAAGUGAUUCAUUUGAUGCGCGAUCGACCCACAGGGCAGAUGGUCCGGUGUUCAAAGGCUCGUGCCAUGUUUGCGUCGAGAGCGUGUCGAAAGAGUGUUAUGGUCGGAAUGCCUUUGAACCACCACCAAAUGACGAGCGUGAUACGACAUAUGGGAACUAUGGACCAACCUUGGAACUGUCCUCACGGACGGCCCACGAUGCGCCAUCUUUCUGAUAUCAGGAAACCCGGCUCAAAGUCGAGAGAAUGUAUCGAUUGGUCAUCUAUUUCUUAUUGA